AUGCUUUACUUAAAAUUGUUUAACUAUGAAAAAUCAACUAAAAAGAAAAACCGGAUUUUUUCAAGUUUUAUUAUAAAAAAUAAAAUUUUCUUUUUAUUUAUACUCUUCUUGUUACUGAAAAAUGAAGAAAAUCUAUUCGAAAGAAGUUCGCUUUUCCUCAGAAAAAUUGGGUGCACUGUGAGUUCUGUGCUUCUGUGGGGAAAUGAAAAAAGUGGUGAUAUGAAAAUUCAAAAAACAAAUGAGGAGCAUGGGGAAUAUAUAAAAAUUUCAGGUGAGGAUAGUGGCAAUAUUAGUUCCAGUUAUCAUAAUUAUGCCUUAUUAAAUGUUAUUGAAGAUGAAUAUAACAUUUUUUGUGAUUCAAAUGGUAUUUAUAAAACAUAUCUAGAUUUAGUUGGUUAUAGUUGUAAAAAUAGGUCUCAUUGGGGAAGGAUAAACAUUUCCCGAAUUUUGGGCGAAAGGACAAGAAGGAAAAGACAAUAUGAAAUGGGAAAUGAAGAAGAGAAAUUGAAUAAAGAUUUAAAUGAAUUAGAAGAUGAUGUACAUAGGAAUCAACUUCCGAGUGCCUCUGAUGAGGUAUCAGAGGGGAUGAUUUUUUUCUGUUUUAUAUUCAUCUCUGCGACCAUGUUGCAAUUUAUUUUAUCGAAAAUCCAUAAACUGAGCAUCCCAGUAUCUGUAAUUUGGUUUUUAUACGGAAUGUGUACCUAUGCAAUAGCAAAAAAUUUCAACAUGUUUGAAGAUAAUACUUUGCAUAAAUCUAUAAUUAAUGCGAGAAAUAUUGAUUCAUCAGUUUUGUAUUUUGUAUUGUUACCAAUUUUAUUAUAUGAAGCUACGCAAGACAUUAAUUAUUACGCUUUUAAGAAUUUUUUAUAUGGUGGCAUAGGGUUAGCAGUCAUAGGUGUAGCACUACAAGUAGGUAUACUAGGGGUUUUGUUUUAUUAUUCUUUUAUGUAUAGACAAGAACAAUCUCCCUUAUCUAGUAGUUUUUUAUUAGCAUCUAUUUUAUCUUCAACAGACCCUGUGGCAGUUUUAUCCAUUUUAUCUGUAGUGGAUGCCCCAUCGAAAAUAAGUUCAAUGUUUCAUGUGGAAUCGUUAAUAAAUGAUGGGAGUUCUGUUUUACUAUUUCAAUUUUUUUUUUAUUUAACUAUUGGAUAUAAAGCGAACGCAUCGCAAUAUGUUAUCCUGUUUGUUAAGUUAUUAUUUUUGAGUCCUGUAUUUGGCAUAGGUAUGGCUAUGUUAACUUUUGCUUGGAUAAAUUUGUACAGAAAAUAUUACUACAAUCAAUGUUUAGCCACGAUAACAAUGUGUUAUUUGAGUUAUUUUGUGUCAGAAUAUUAUUUUAAUUUAUCAGGUCCGUUAGCAAUUGUUUGUUAUGGUUUAUUUAUUAAUGCAUAUGGUCAUAUUGCAUUAGAUGAAGUUGCACAGAGAAAACAUAAAGAAAUUGUAGAGUUGCUAUCCCUGAUGGGUAAUUCUAGCAUUUUCAUUAUAUCAGGAAUAAUAUCAUUUGGCAUGAUGGAAAAUGUUUUUAAAGAUAAUUUAAAUUCUUUUAUGUACAUUGUAUUGACUUACAUUUAUUUAGUAUUUGCAAGAUCUAUAAUGAUAUUAAUAUUUACUCCUUUUUUAUCAAGAAUUGGAUAUCCCGUAAACUGGAAGGAGAUAUUAUUAUUAAUUUGGGGUGGAUUAAGAGGGGGUAUUGUACUAGUUUUAGGAUUACGUGUAGAAGCAGAAAAUAAAAUUAACGACACAUUGACAAAAGAAUUGGCGUACUACAUUAGUGGUAGUGUUUUACUAAUAUUAACUAUUCAGGGUCUAACCUUUGAAUGUUUAUAUAAAAUGUUAAAUAUUUAUCCACCUAAUCCUUUUAGAAUUGUUUAUUUAGAAAAGGUGUUGAAAAUGAUUGAUUAUAAUUUCUAUAUUAGAAAAAAAAGCUUAAAAAAUUAUUGGCUUUUUAAAGGUACCAAUAUAUUGCAUUUUUCGAACAAAAUUGUACCAGAAUUAUAUUGGAGAAAGAUGAACAAAUAUGGAGAAUUUGAUUUGAGAUUGCCUGAUAUAUAUGCAUGCCUACAGGAUAUAAGUUCUUGCAACAUUUCCUUUUGGGAACGUGCAUGUGAUUCUCAAACAGUAAUUGAAAGUUUUGAUGAUGUUUCAAACCCUGGAAAGGGGAGUUUUCCUCUAAAGAAGAAAGAGAAUAAAGAGGCUGAAGCAGUAAGUAAGAAAAGAAGUGAAAAUAAAGGAACGGAUAAUAAUAUUUGUACUAAUAGGAGGAAUCUAAAGAAUAAUGAUUUAUUGAGCGUUACUGACAAGGACAUAACCAAUGAGAGAAAUAGAGAAAAACGAAUGAAUAAUAUAAACAUUAGUAAGAACAAAGAGAAUCUAAAUGCUAGAAAAAAGAAAAGCAUAUACGAAGAAAUUAAAUGGAAAAACAGCAAUUUUACUGAUAUGGAAUAUGAUGAUAAUAGUGAUGAAUAUAGUUAUGUAAAUAAUGAAGACAGUAAUAGUAGAAAUAAAAAAAAGAAAAAAGAAAUGGGAAAUUAUAUCAAGGAUAGAUACAGAGUAGGGGAGGAGUACAUUUACAGAGGGAAAAGGCAUUAUGAUAAUUCUUCUCAAAAAGGAGAUAUGCAAAUAAAUAUUAUUAGGAAUAAUGAUAACUACUUUAGUAGUAAUGAUGAGGAUGAACAUAAUUAUACAAAUAUAAAUCGUUCAUUGUCAUCUAAAUAUUUCGAUAAAUUAAGUAAUCAUUUAAAUGAACUUUCAGAUAAUGAAUCGUGUUACACUGAUAAGGUAUGCGAAAAUAGUAAAAUUAAAAACCUAAACGCUUUUAACUAUGACAAAAUUUCUAUUAAAACAUAUGAUCGUCUUAUAAAUAAAAUGAAUUAUAGAGAAUUCAAAAGAACUGCAACAGAGAAGGAAAAUUUUAAUGUCAUUGAUAGCAUUGUUGAUAACAAGAAUGAUAAGGAGACUUUCAACCCGAAAUAUAAUUUAAGACUAAUUGAGCAUGCCACCGAUUUGCCAAAAACGUUGAGUGAUAAUUUACUGGUUAGGACUAGUGCAGAUAAUGAAAGUUUAAGCAGUGAAGAUGCUAAGAGUGAUGUAUUAGCUUCGAAUGAACAGGGAGGAAGAAGAAAAAAAAAAAACAUAGAAAAUUCUGUGCAUGAUCAUAAUGUUGGUAUUCGGAUGAAAGAGAUAACUGAAAUGAAAGAAGCAGAUGGAGAGAGUGGGACAAACGAGGAAGGAGAAAAAAAAUAUGUGAAGCAAGGAAGCAAUAUGGAUCAUAAGGAAUUGAUGAAAAAUGUGAAUUAUGAGAACAUUACGAAAAAGGACGAAAAUUUGUUAAACAAUUAUAAAGAUUUGAAAAAUAUUGCAGAAGGGGUUCAUGAAGAUACCCCUAAUAUAACUAAUGUAGACAAAGGGGAGAACGAACUAUUGAUGAGCGAUAAUUUUAUUAUAAAAAUUCAAAAGGAAAAAUCUUAUGAGUGUGAAAGGGAAGAACAGGAAAAGGAGAAUAAGGAGUGGAAUCAGGUGAAUGGGGCAAAUAUAGAUAUUUGUGAAAAAGAUUUAGAAGAGAAAGAAAAAGAGACAAAAGGAUCCCAGGAAAAUUGUGUCACGUGCGUGACAAAUGAUGAGAAUAACGUAAUAUAUGACAUUAUGAAUUAUGAAGGAGGCCAUAACAAAAAUAAUGAAUCAAACUUAGAGGAAUACUUAACAUAUAAAAAUUUAUUCGCUUUUGAUAAUGGUGGAAAGAAAAUAUCUUCCUUCUUUAAUAAUAACUAUGAUAAAAAGAGCUAUUUAAAUAUUGAUGUGAAAAACCCAUCUGAGUUGAAUAUUUCAACGAAAGGAACUAAUAGCAAAACUUUGGCAUUAAUGAAUAGCGAAAUAGGAAAAGGAGGAAAAAACAUCAAAAAUAAGAAUAAAUCAAGGAGUAAUUUUUGCACAAAUGCAUUUUAUUUUAGUACAUGUAUGCGAACCAGAAGGAACGAUAAUUGCACAACAGCUAAAAUGAUAGGAAGGAGAAGGGGAAGACGUGGAAAUAGUAAUAUGCAUAAUUCUCAUAGUGUCGACAGUGAUGAUCCACGUAGUGAAGAUAAGAAGGAUGUGGAACUAAAUUACCAUUACUACAACAAUAACAGAGAUGGUGAUGAUAACAAUAAUGAUACAUUAAAGGGUGAAAAGGGAAUUCAAAAGUUGCAAAGAAACAGUACGACGGAUUUUAUGGCAAGAAGAUAUGAUACUGAUCAAACGAUAAAUUUUGAGCGUAUAGAUGAUGUGUGUCAAAAGAAACAUGUUGCUACAUUUUAUAGUUUUUUAAAAAAACCUAAAUUAAAAAUAAAAAACAAAUUAUUCAGCGAAAAAAGAAGAGCAAGAAGUCAUGAAAGUUAUACUAAUAAUAAGGAUAAGACAGGUAAAUUGAAGAAUGAUGUUUUUCAUAGUUCUCUUAAAAAAAAAAUUGUUAGAAAAGAAAGAGAAGGAGAAUUGUAUAUUAUGAUAUUUAACACGUGUAGGGAAUUAUAUAAAAAAUUAUAUGUGAAUGGUUUUAUAUCAGGAGAAUGCUUAUUAACGCUUACAUCUAUCUUAGAUUUAUCUGCUGAUUUUGCUUUAAAAAAAGUUCGAAUGAAUCCAAUUAAAGCAUGGGCAGAUGCAUUUGAUGAAAGCAAAAAUAAAAAUAGUAAUAAAAGGAGAAGAAGCAUUGAUCACAGAAAUGGUUUUGAAUAUGAAUUUAAUAUAUUACUAUCAAAAUUAAGAAUUAAUAAAAAGCAUUCUUUCUUUUUUUCACCAAAAGUAGUAAAUAUAUUUCUUGUGUAUGAACAUUGUAUGAAGGAUCUACAAAUUAUAUUGUCCUAUGUAGACGUUCACCAGUGCACUUUGGAUAAGGGAGGAAUUACUAUGAAGUUAUUGCUGGGGAAAAAUUUGCUAAAGAGUUAUUAUAGAAACAUAGAGCUCGCCAAGAACCUUAUACCACACCUUGUUAAUAAAUAUAAGGAUGUCGUGAAGUACUGUCUCAUUAAGAUAGGAGCAGACAUGUUGAUGCACUUAAAGAAAACGAUUGUCAAUGAACAAGCUGCGAACGGAUUGUUGUUAACCCAGGAUAAUGAAAAAUUAAAUGAAAUUUUUGAUGAACAACAAAUAAAAAUUAAUAGAUACAGACCAUAUUUACAUUAUAUUUUAAAAAAGCAUAAACUUAAGUUGUUUAUUAAGUAG